GUCCUACAUUCUCCACUCUCUUCAUUCGAAAGCAAAACUUCCAGUGACUAUGAAACUAACAACACGCUCCAUAACUACAGCCUCAAGCGCUCGUCAUACUACAACACGGACUACCGAUCCGGAGCGGCAUUGAACCGCGCCCGCCGCCCAUAUCUAUUUAAGAACCUGAUCACCGGGGCAUGUAUUUUCGGUUUCGCCAUUGGAGUUUUCGCAUUCACACUCAGAGCCGUCGGCCAAGAGAACUUCGACGACGUGAUUGUGCCGGACGCCCCGGCGCAGUCGGCACAGCCGCCCAAGACACCUACAGCCCAAGCGAACGGGAUGCGCUCGUGA